GGCGAGGCGAGAGCGGGGCAGGUCUCGGCGAGCGGCGGCGCCGAGCCGAGCCGAGCCGGGCCGGGCCGGGCCGAGCCGGGCCGAGCCGAGCCGAGGAUGCUGCGCGGGGGCCGGCGGCGGGCGGCGGCGGGCGCGGGGCUGCUGCUGGCCGCGCUGCUGCUGGCCGCCGCCCGCGGCGCCGAGGAGUGUCUCCGCGGCGACGGCGCGUCCUACCGCGGCAGCCGGCGAGUGGCCUCCGGCGGCGCCCCGUGCCUCAACUGGCUGGCGGUGCGCGGCGGCGGCGGCGGCGCCGCGCUCCCGGCAGCCGCCGAGGACCACAACAGCUGCAGAAACCCCGACGGCGCCGCCGCGCCCUGGUGCUACAUCCGAGGCGCCGCCGGGAGCCCCGAGCGGAGACCCUGCGACAUCGCCCCCUGCCCAGAUGCUACUUCUACCGCAGCCCCAGUCCCUACAAUGGAGGUUGAUAUUUCUCAGGAGGUCGACCAGGUCUUUGAACCGGCUGAUACUUUACCCUCCCGGAGCGAGGCAGCCGCUGUGCAGCCUGUCGUUGGGAUCAGUCAGAGAGUGCAGAUGAACUCCAAAGAAAAGAAGGACUUAGGGACACUAGGGUAUGUGCUGGGGCUGAUCAUGAUGGUGAUAAUCAUUGCCAUUGGAGCCGGUAUUGUCGUGGGAUACAUCUACAAGAGGGGGAAGGACCUGAAGGAGAAGCACGAGCAGAAAGUUUAUGAGCGCGAAAUGCAGCGAAUCACACUGCCACUCUCGGCAUUUACCAACCCUGCCUGCGAGCUUGUAGAUGAGAACACAAUCGUGGUGCACACUAACGAGACGCCUGUGGAGGACACGCGCGACGGUAGCGGCCCGCUUAUGGGGCAGGCAGGUACCCCUGGUGCCUGAGCAGCUGGGGCAGGAGAGGUACAGGCUGAGCAAAGCCCCCAGCUUCCCACUGUGAGUGCGGGGGGCAGUGCGUGUGUUCAUUUCUAUUUUGUUUUCUUUUGGAUGAAAGCCAGAUGGAGGUGAUGCAGAGGGACAGAGCAAUGGGCUAUUCAUCACAAUCUCUCUGGGGGAACCAGUCAGUGCAUGACCAGCUGGGGACUGGUGUGGUGGAUCCUGCUGCUUCCUCCCGCCUAUCUCCAUGGAGUGCCGAGGGGGUAGCAGGGAUGAUGGGCCAGGUUCACACCUGGCCACAGAUCCCAUAGUCCAGAGCAUGGUCUUGGCUUCCUCUUUUUCUGUUCCUUUCCUGUUGAAUGGUGUGCACUGUUACUUGCGUUUCAGCCUAGAACCCCAGGAGGGAGCAGUACUGCAGGGACUGAGGGGAGCUCCACAUCAGACGUAGCUAGAUAAUUACACUCUGAUUAUAGUUCCUGCCUUUUUGCUUUAGUGACUGAGAGCUGGAGACACUGUCCAGCAUCCUGCUACUGAAUCUUUUUCUUUUUGAAGGAAGAGUUUAUUGGAGGGAUGGCUAUGGCCAGGAGCAGUAUGCCUAGCCCAGUGUCAGUUUGGAAAAGCUGUUCUCAAGCUGCUGACAAAUCCAGGUCUUCCAAGGCUGAGGCCACAUCUCCAUUCCCCUGUGGUGCUACAUGCACAGCCAGAGUUGUAGGUGUCCAGGCAGUCUCUGCCUCCUGCUCACUUACACAGCCAAGGAAACCAGAAGGCCAGCAGUAGAUACUUGUGGAGUGAAGAAAAGUAACCUGCCCUUCAGUUACCUACAGCAAGUUGAGCACUGAGGGUAGCUAGCAUCAGCUUCCAAAUUCCCUUGACUGUUUUUGGGGCCAGCUCUGGACCGAGUGGCCAAGCCAGCUGCGGGGGUGACCCAGACACAGUAGCUCCUGCUUCUGGGGCAGGACAGGGCAGCUGCUUUUGCAAGAUCCCAAAGUUGGGGCAAGGCUUCUCGCCCAGCCUCCUUCACACACGCUCUGCUUGUCAGCAAGACUCGCUUGCAGACCCUGGCCCCCUUGGAGUGGUUUUGUAACAACUUUUAUCAGCGUUUCAGGGAGUUUGGAAGGGAUGGCUGCUGCAGCAUCUCCCAGGCGGCACUGAGGCAAGGCCAUUUCAGGGAAACAUCCUUCCCCCUUUCAGGGGAUUCAAGCCAUUCAAGUAAGUUUUCUAGCCUUCUGCUGUAUAGCUUAGGGACUAACCAGGAACAGCACUUGGCAGCAGGGGUUUUAGUCAGUGUUUGAUUCAGAAAAGGGAAACAUUUUAUUUUUAAAUGCCUUUUAAUACUAUUUCUUUGUAAAAUGUUUUAAAUACCUCAUAAUGAGAAGGUGCAGGUUAUGCUACCUUGUAUUAAAGCUUAAAAGAAAAA